UUUAAUUGUCGUCACAUAUUAAUAUUAAAGAAAAAUAUUUAAAAUAUCAUGUUGGGAAACGAGCCUGAAAUCAGUGGAUUUUUCCGUUCGAAUUUAUUAGCGGUAAGAAAAGCAAUUUGCCAGCAAGAUUUCAAAAAAUUUUCCGCCCUCGAAUCGGACGCUGAGAGGGUGGCUUUUGUUUUGAGUUAUACCGAAGCACAUGAAUUACCGCUGGAGGUAGAGAAGCCUAUGGUCAAGGAUCGUGACAGUGCCAUUCGAUUGAAAGACAUCGGAAACAAAUUUUUUGGUCGUGGUGAAUUCACGAAGGCCUUGGAAACGUAUUCGAAUGCAGCUCUUUUAGCGCCAUCAACAGAAUUAAGUAUAAUUUUGGCGAAUCGCUCGGCCACGUUGUACCACCUGGAGCGUCAUGAAUAUGCGUUGGCGGACAUCGAAGAAGCCUCACUACUCGGUUACUCGAAGGAUCUUAUAUAUAAACUUGAAGAGCGACGAGCUAGGUGUUUAUUGGGUCUAAAAAGGCAUGAUGAGGCAAUCGAGGCAUUUAGGCGGGCUCUCCAAGCCUUGGAUGAUGCCAGAAUACCCUUGAAACGUAGGCAGAAGUUCGAGGCGGACAUCAGGAUGAUGCUCGCGGUGAUGGAUAAAGGUAAACGACUCAACGAAGCCGCUACGAAGAAUCCUUCGCGAGUUCAUAGCAAGCAAAAGUCCAACGUGCGUUUGGAGGAUAAACUUAUCCCCAAGAAGGAGAGGAAUCCCGUAUAUCCCGCUUGCAGUAGAGCGGUGGAAAUUAAGGAUGAUGGAGGUGACAUAGGUAGACAUGCCGUGGCGACCAGAAAGAUAAUACCCGGCGAAAUCGUGAUCGUUGAACGACCGCAUUGUGCAUUUCUGUUAGCAGAGACCAGGCUCACACAUUGCCACCUGUGCUUCAUGAGGAUAUUCGUGCCAACGCCGGCGGCUUGUCGCACCUACAGCUGCGUCGCGUACUGCAGCCGCCGUUGCAGAGAUGCGGAUGCCCAAGUGCACUCGCAGGAGUGCAAAUUGUUACCGGCCCUGUGGUACUCGAAAGCCUCGGUCACGUGUUUCCUGGCCCUAAGGACGAUCACGCAGAGACCUUUCGAAGAAGUUAUGAAGCUCAAGGAACAGUUUAGAGAUCCCGGAAGUGCGUUAAAGAUCUCCGCAGAAAAUCCAUAUCGAGGAGACGAUUACAUAAAUACCUUCUACAAUUUAGUUACUCAUGAAGACAGAAGAUUGCCAGAGGAUAUUUUCCACAGGGCCUAUAUGGCAACCUGGUUAUUCAGAUUGUUAAGAUCCAGCAACUACUUGCCGGAAAAUGUGAAAACCGCCGAUUCAGCGGACAGUAGAUUGUCAGAUGAGGAAUUGUUUAUCGCAGGAUUGCUUUUACACAAUUUACAAUUAUUGCAAUUCAACUCGCAUGAAAUUUCAGAACUGGUAAGGCUAAAAGGACAAAAGACACUUACUAAAACCAAAAGUGUAUUCAUAGGCGGUGGUGUUUAUCCUACGGUUGCAAUGCUAAAUCACUCGUGCAAUCCUGGCGUAAUUCGGUAUUUCAUCGGUACCACAAUGAUUGUUCGCGCUGUUCGCACAAUCAAUGCAGGUGAAGAGAUUUCUGAAAACUAUGGUCCUAUCUUCACGACGACACCCGAGAGUGAGCGAAAAAGAAAAUUAAGAGUGCAAUAUUGGUUCGAUUGUAAUUGCGAGGCGUGCUCGGGACAUUGGCCGCUUCUAGAUGAAUUGGAUCCAACAAUACUCAGAUUUAAAUGUGAGACUGGAUCGUCUUGUGGUAACGUAUUAAUGGUCAAAAGCGACACGAAUGAGUUCAUGAUCGGAUGUGCGAAGUGUGGCAAAAGUAUGAACAUCCUGAAGGGCUUGAAAGCUCUACAGGAUACGGACGCACUUUUCAAAGUCGCGUCGACGAAUCUCGAAGAAGGCCGAAAUGAGCAUGCACUAAAAGCAUAUUUUGAGAUUUUGAAGUUACUGGACGAGACUCUAGCAUUGCCCAUAAGAGAUUAUCACAUCUGUCAGCAGGGAGUCAGAUUAUGCUCUCUUGCCUUAGGCAAUACAGCUUAUAUCUAGUCUCGUCAUAAAACUAUAAAAAAAUUUAUACAACUUUACGUAGAAUCUUUCUAUUGUAAAAUAAAAAGGCGCAAACUUCUU